AUUUUGACCAAUGACGAAUCAUGGAGCAGUUCAGAAAUUUCCGUCUCCGCCGCAGCAUCGCCGCUGAGCAUUGGCUUUGACUCCUCACAGUAAACAUAAAUUGGUGGAAGAGGAGACCAGAUGGUGGAGGAUUCUGGUCGGCAAUGUUUAUCUCUGUCGAAAUGUAACAACAAUUGAUGGCUGCCGGAGUUGGUAACGUUGUAGUAAGAGAAGAAGGCCAUGAAGAAAACUCGAAGAUUUUUAAAUAGCUGAUUCUUGUCCACUGAGUAUGGGUCCAUGGGACUUUUACAUCGUCAAGUUUCAGUUUUCAAUGUUUGUGGUCUUUGAAAAGCUGGCUUCUGAACCCCUGAAGAAGAUCGCUCGUUCAAAGGGAAUUGAUUCUGAGCUCAAGAAAUUGAAAAAGACAUUAGACCAAAUCCAAGAUCUUCUUAACGAUGCUUCUCAGAAGGAAAUAAAUAAUGAAGCUAUUAAAAGAUGGCUGAAUGGUCUCCAACAUUUGGCUUACGACAUUGACGACCUACUUGAUGACUUGGCAACCGAAGCUAUUCAUCGUGAGUUGACCCGGGAAUCUGGAGCCUCCACCAGCAUGGUAAGAAAGCUAAUCCCAAGUUGUUGCACAAGUUUCUCACAAAGUAAUAGGAUGCAUGCCAAGUUAGAUGAUAUUGCCACCAAGUUACAAGAAUUAGUGGAGGCAAAAAAUAAUCUUGGUUUGAGUGUGAUUACAAAUGAAAAGCUAAGAAUUGAAAGAUAUGAGACGUCUUUGGUGGGUGCAAGUCGUAUUGUUGGACGUGAAAGUGAUAAGAAAAAAUUGCUUGAGAAGCUGUUGGGGGAUAAAGAUGAAUCAGGGAGUCAACUUCAGCAUCGUUCCCAUAGUUGGUAUGGGUGGAGUUGGUAA